CCAAUUUAGCAGUGCCAAUGUCCCCCGAUGACGUGCCUCAGCCCUUGCCCUUACAUGCUGGGGACUGGGGCAGGGAGGUCGAUGUGCGCCCGAUAUCACCGCCGGCUGGGCGAGCGGAUAGCCGACCUCGGGACCCCUUGGCGGAAAUCGCCGGCCAUCAUUUCUUCAGUGGCCGUCGCAUCUUUGAACAAAGCUGUCCUAGCGGGAGAACGGCACCCAGCGGAUGUAAUCGGGCAGCCCCAAGGGCGCAAAUACGAAAUAGAUUGGCAGUGUAUUUAUAACUGAGGUGGUCCUGCCGUCACUCACCCUAUUAAUGGGUGGUAACAUUAGAACCGAGUGAUGCCAGCCGCGCAGUAAUAAAACCCGCGAGUUCUUGGAACACAGCGUAGGCAGCCUUGUCCGGGGAUUUGACCGAUAGGAAAUGUCUAUAUUCGGCCGACCGACCUUCUCCUCUGCCGGCUAUGCGGCCUUCCGGCCGUCGUACCCUGUCACGCUGUUCAACAGGGUGCUGGCUUUCCACAACGCCGGCGUCUCGUCGCCAAAAAGUGGUGGCGCUCUGCUGGACCUCGGAUGCGGGCACGGCCUGAUCGCGCGGGCUCUCGCGCCCUCCUUCGCAUCCGUCGUCGCCCUCGACCCGUCGGCCGGCAUGGUCGAGCAGGCACGCAAGCUGACAUCCGACCCCAAGAUCACGAUCCGGCAGGGCAAGGCAGAAGACCUCUCGUUCCUGCCCGACGGCUCGGUCGACUGCGUCGUGGCCGGCCAAGCGGCGCACUGGUUCGACUACAGCAAGGCGUGGCCGGAGCUCGCGCGCGUCGUCAAGCGCGGCGGCACGCUCGCCUUCUGGGGCUACAAGGACCACGCAAUCGUUAGCCGGCCCGAGACCACGGCCAUCUUCAGCAAAUUCAUCUACGGCGAGGAGGAGGCGGGGCCCAUGCCAAACGGCGUGGAGAGCAUGGCGCGCUUCUGGGAGCUGCCGGGGCGCGACAUCUUGCGCGACUCGUACCGCAACAUAAACCCCCCGGGGACAGACUGGGAGGCGGUGACGCGCAUCGCUUGGGACCCGGACCGGAAAACAUGCGACAUCAGCUCGGUGCCGGCGGAGGCGCUCUGGCAGCGCAAGACUCUCAAGCUCGGGGAGCUCGAGGGCUACGUGCGGACCUUCAGCGCCUUCAGCGGCUGGCAGAGUGCAUAUCCGGACAAGAAGAGCAGGGCCGAGGGCGGCGAGGGAGAUGUGAUUGACCUGCUGUUUGAUGAGGUCGUGGCAGCCGUGCCAGAGUGGAGGGCGAGCGAUGAAUGGAAGGAAGUCAAAGUCGACACUGUCUGGGGGACUGUCAUCUUGAUGGCCAAGAGACUCUGAGAUAGCUAAGAUGCAGCGGUUCGAAGCCCGAGAACCAGGUUCAAGGGCCCUGAAGAAUGGAAAUGUUCAGUGUCUGUUGUUGUAAGAUCAAUGCAUGGAUUGUAUUAAUCCGAAUCUCCCCGUACUGUAUGAACUUCACAUUGAAAUGUUGAAAGAAAGUCCUUCCUCGAUUCUCUUACAAACAAAACCGACACGUGGCCCCUAAUUAAAUAAAGAUGAAUUGACGAUCAGGAGCUUCUCUUGAGGACAGGGCAUCGCAAGGCGGGGCAGCAAUCAAAAGUGCUGAGAUCGUGCAGCGCAAACAGGACGCGGCAUCUCCCUCGCGGUUGCCCCGUGAAACGGGCCUAGGCGCAUUUAGGCACAGGCCCAGUCAAUCCCCAUCACGGCUGAGACUGCAAAGCCUGGACGAUCCAAAGAAAAACA